CCCACAGUUUAGAGCUGAAGUCUGAACUCCACCUUCAGGCAGAAUGAGGUUCUUCCCCGGCUGUCUGCUUCUCAUGCUUCUGGUCUGCAGCCUCUCUCCGGUCUAUGGUGUCCUGGAGGCCCCUUAUGUAAGAUUCAGGUGUCAGUGCACCAAAGUUACCCAUCGGAUGCCCAGGUGGAACUCGAUUAAACAGAUUAAAACCUUUCCACCCGGGAAUGGCUGCCCACACCUGGAAAUCCUCGCCCGGCUAAAGAAUGAGGCAACAAUAUGCUUGGAUCCUAAAUACCCAGAGACAUUAAGCCUUUUGGAAAAACUAAAGAAAGCACGUGAAGCUGCGCGUAAGCCAGUUGCUUCUCAGUGGAAAUAGGAGGCUGAUGGCAAAACCGCCACUAAGGACACCUGCAUCCUUCCGCCUUCCUGCUCUGGGCUCCGACUUAUGUUCCAUGGAAUCUCUCCCCUCAGCUCCCCUAAAACAGUGAGCUUCCCCAUACAAACAAGCAUGAGAAGACACGUAAAGAUCACCCUUCAGAGGCUGAUAGGGCAAAUUUGAACAACUUUUUCCAAAUAAAGUGCUUUAUAUACCUGGA